UUUUAGGUUACCAUGACCUGAACUGGUCAAAUAGCACCAGACAAUGGAUGAACUGGAGCGUCUCAGGGAAGCUGCCCUAGUCUCAAUGGAAGAGAAACAGCAACAGCAAGAGGUAGAUGAGUUAGCUGCACUACGCGAAGCAGCUUUAGACUCUGCACGAGAGAGGAAACUCUCUUCUGAUAUCCUUGGGAAAAGGCGCCAGGGAUCGGUGGAGGGACUGGGGAAGAGGAGAUUAGAAUCGCCCCCGUCCCAUCAUUAUGACAUCAUGAGGGGUCCAGGGGGUUACGAGUCCUACUCUGACUCUGACAAUUCCGGGAACAUGACUCCAAAAAUGUCUGCUAACGACUCCAUUAAACACACGCCACCUCGAUGUGAUCCUGUAUUUACUGUCAAGGUAACUGACAAUAUGUUACUGAAAAGAAACAACAGUCACCGUAGUAACAGUUCCCACAGUGACAUUGAUGACAAAUCCUCCCCUCCCCGACAGGACGAUAAAAUCACUGUACAACUAAGAACAAAUCCGACUAGUAGGAGUGAGAGUGAGGGAGAAACUAGUGAUAACCCAACACCAGAACCCAAGAGAGAUGAACCGAACCAUCUCAAGUCUCCUGUGGCUUUAAAUAUUCUCUCUUUAAAAGUGCCAGCAUUAGCAAACGUCUCCCCGGCCCUCAGUAAAGUUUCCUCCGUAGAGGAUUUGACCGCACCCCCACUAACCAAGAAGCAGAGGAAGAAACACAAAAAGAAGAAAUCAGGCUCCAAAACGAAGAAACUGAAGCAGAAAAUAGAGCUUGAAGAAUCCAGUUUACUGGACGAAAAAUUAACCAAAAAGACGAUAUCGGACAACCAUAAGGUCGAGAAAAAAGAAAAUGGGACAUCAGUGAGACGGGAGAAACUUAAAGCUGCUGAAGCCCGAUUAGAGAAACUUCAAACUGAGUUUAAGCAGCAGGUUAUCAGCGAUAACAUCAUUAGCAAAAUAGACAAAAAUAUUGAGCUUCUUCAAAACGCCAAGAAGACUAAACAUGACAGCAAAAGUUUGCAUCCCAUUCCAAAAAAGAUAAUAUCAGAGGAAAUAUCUUCAAGCGAGGAGGAAGAACUCCUCAAACCUGACAAGAGAAAAUCCACGUCAUCCCCCAGAAGCAGUAAGAGAGACAGAUCAAAAAAGACCAAGAACUCUAGCUCUCGACGACGUUCCAAAUCACCAUCCUCUCCAGUUGACGUGUCUGUUUCCUUAAAAUCCAAGAGAGAGUUCGAGCAAAUGAAAGCUGAACUUAACAAGAGUGGAACUAAAUCGGACAAGAAAGAAAGUUCUAAGUCGUCCCCAAGAAAAGAGAGCAAAUCCAAGAGUUCCAGAGAAUCUGCUCACCACCCUCCAAAGCGUGAUGAAAAGUCCUCCUCAAAACGAGAGUCAUCCUCAAAGAGUGAUGAGAAAGUUUCCUCAAAAAGUGAGGAUUCCGCAGUUGAGCAGAGGGUUCGACACGGGAAUGGAACAAAAGGUGGUGAAAUGGAUAUUUCAGAGAAAGAAGAACUUGAGUUACUAGGUGAACUGCCCCACAAAGCCCCAGCUCCCUUGAAAUCUUCUGCUACCAAAGAUCCAGAUGAUUUUGUUAAUGUGAUGAAAGAGGACAGCUUUUCUGACUCUGAUCAGGAGAGCGACAAAGUUAACAUCACAUCUGACAAGAAAGCGAGUGCAGAAGCAAAGCGGAAGAAAUCAAAGAAAAGUAGGAAGAAGAAAGUCAGAGAGGAGAAGACAAAGAAGAAGAAGAAACGAAAGAAACACUCUGAAAGUUCUGAAAGUGACGACAGUGAUGCUCAAGACAAGAAGAAGAAAGUUAAAAUAGAUAAAUCGGAAUUAAAUAAGAUAGUACAGUUUCUCAAACAAAGGGACGAAGCCCAAAAAUCGCAGGACCCUAAAAUUCCGUUUAAUCCCAAGAUUAUCAGUAAAGAGACAAAACCCAUUGAAAUUAAGUUAAAAUCUAAACCGAAGAGGUGAUUAGACUUUGGUUUUUUGAGCAGUUUUAUGAUAUUAAGAGAUACAAUCGCCUUUAUUUUAUAGUUUUUGUAUUGCAUAGUCCACUGAGUCCUGUCGACAUUUUGACACUUUCCAUGCGUACGAUUUCCCUGAAGCCACCCUUGUGGUUCAGCGAAUUGAGACAUACAGUGAUUGGUCCAAUUCUAAAUAUCUUACUAGUUACUGUACUCCACCCUAACCCAUGAAUAUUCAAGAUGACGUGGACUUUUUGGAGGUUUUCUUCAUAGAAAAAGUUUGAAGAAAAUGUUUUCUUCAGAAUUUCUAUGAUUAAAUCCUGUUUGUAUAUUUAUUACAUGAUAUAUUGUGAUCAGAAGUUUACAUUUAAGCUUUGAGUUUUAUUGGAAAACUGAGCGAUUUAAUUAUUUUUUAAUGAUAUUUGAUGGCUUUGGGAAAAAUGAAGAUUGAUUUUGAAUUGAUAGUGGCCAAAAUAUUUACAAUUUGGUUGCCAUUUUUGUCAGAUUGGUGUAUUCGAAAAUAUUUUGCUUCAUUUGGGUAUUUAUAUCGCUGCUCAUAUGUUUAAAGGGUACUAGUCAAGAUAGUGAAUAAAUUUUGGUAACUUUCUCGACCUGUUCUAAUAAGCGUAGAGUUAGAGUAACGGUUAGAGUUAAGGUGUAACGCAAUCUCAAGAUCGUUGUUAGUUAACAUGGUAGUUCUUGGUUAAUUAAUUAAAGAUACUUUUCCCCCCGAUCUCUAGCAUUUCUUCUGCUUUUAGGCUGCUUCCCGCUUAUUACCAGUCCAUAGUGUUUCCUCACUACUGUGGCCAAUUCUUAAUUCUAUACCAUGACUUCACCACGGCAGAACGAUUGGUUCACAUUUAUCCCCAAAACAUUAUUAUAUAGUUUGUGAUUUUAUACUAUAACAUGUUAUAAUGUUGUAUUUGACCAAGUUUUGAAUCGGUAAUUGAGAAAGAGACAGCUUUCUCAAUGUUGUGGAAUUGUGAAAAAUCUCCAACUGCACAUCUAAUUUAUGAACA